UGCCAAACUGAAAACAUCGUCUUUCUGCUCUAUGCCUCUGUAGUGGUCUAUUCUAUUCCGUUUCAGUUAGUUUAGUAGUAACCCUUGAGUGUACGUAUUUGUUUGUACUUGAUUCAUUUGAAUCAACAGGUAGUAUAACUUGCAUCUCUUUGAUGUGGGCACAUGUAUAACCAAAUACACUUGGUAUGCAGAUACUUGCCUCAAUAAAAAGUGUCUUUUUAAAAGUUCCAAUAUCCCUAUGAAAGAUUGGAUACCUCAAUCAGGUCGCUUUUUGCAGGAAUGGAAUCUAAAGACGAAUUGAAUUUUAUACUUCGUGGUCUUUUAAUAUCAAAUCCAAAAGUAACAAAGGCCAAUAGAUUGCAAGCAGACUUUUUAGAAACUGAAGGAAAACAUUUUCCUUACCGACAGCUUGGAUUUUUAUCAUUUCUUGAUUACCUCAGGUCUAUACCAUCUGUAGUUAAGUUGGUACCAUUUAAUUCUGAAAAUCCAGAUGUGCUUCCAGUUGCAACGAAAGCAUCCAGUCACAUUGACAAACUGGUUUCAAAGCAACGAAUUACAGCACCGAAAAAGAGUAGUUCGACAUUUUAUAGCAGACGUGGUGGAUACAAUGGAAGACCUAGAAGAAGACCUCCUUGUGGAAUAGCUCCAGCGCUACCUAAAUCAUUACCUAAAAAGGUACCAUCAACUUUUGAUCCUGAUUUUAUGAAAAAUGUUCUUUGGGAGCUUGUCAAGAAAGUGGCAGGUUCAAAAGCUGGAGUUUAUGUGAGUGAUGUAGAAGAACAUAUUCAACAAAAUUACACAAGAGAAGACCUAAGAAAAAAUGGAAUCUAUUCCGGAAAAGACGUUCUUUCUCAUGCCAAAGACCUGGUGACAGUAAAAGAAGAAAGAGUAUUUCCUAAAAUGUCCAAGUCACCAGACGUCUCGUAUUCAGGCACAAUAGAUGAUUAUAAUUUGAUAAGAAAUGAAAAUGACUAUGGUGAUUUUGAGCUAGAUUUCAAUAAUGAAGAUAUUUGGGAGUCUGAGUCUGAAGAAUCAUUGAGUAACUGCACGAUCAAACACGGUUUUGAUUCUACAUUUGGUUCACAAAAACACCAAAUAGAGAGGUAUGAUGAAACACAGCAAGAGCCUGAGAUUGAUUGUAAUAUUAGUGAUGCAAUGAUAAGAAACUUCAGAACCAUUUUAGAGAAAUAUCCUAAUGGGAUUUGGCUGACUGAUUUACCUCAAUUAUAUAAGGAUGAAUUUAAAGUUACACUGGAUUUUGUUGAUUUAGGAUAUUCCAGUGCAAUCACUAUGGUGUCAUUCUUACCACAUGUAUUUAGAUUUGAAAGGAUUGAAGGUGAUUGGAAACUCUAUGAUGCCCGCACAGUGGAAUCUUCACAACCAGAUCACAAAGAAUGUGGCUUCUCAGGUGAAUUUGAUUCAAAUGUAAGAUACAUCCCUCAAUCAAUACUCGAAAAUGUAAAAGAAUUAGUUGAAAUAAUAUAUCCAGGAGGUUUCAGAAGUACAGAACUAAUCUCUCUGUAUGAAAAACAUUUUAAGAAGUCGCUUGAUCUCAAAGCUCUCAGUAUAAAACGAUUGGAAGAUUUUCUUGAAAUACUAAAAGAUGUAAUAACAGUUAGAAAAGUUACAGAUUUUUAUUUGUUGCUACCAAAACACAAAACAAUGCUACUUGAGGCAGCCAGGCCAGAUUCUGCAGAUGAAGUCCUGAGAAUACCGAGUGACAUUAUUUCAGUAUUUGUUCCGGAAAAUGUACUGAAACCUAACCAGAUAAUUGCGUACCAAGAUCUACCCCAACCUAAUAUGGAUUGUGCCUGUAAUGAACCUCUGAUGGAGAUUGAAGUGCGAUUAGGUGAAGUUAUCUCUCCUUCCAUGUUUUAUGUCAUGCUAGAUUCCAAGUACAAUGAUCUUCAAAUCAUGAUGGAUGACUUAGACAAAUUCUAUAAAUUAGAACAAGAUCUCUAUCAAAUUCCUCUACCAUCCGUCACACUAAAUCUGUUCUGUGCAUGUGAAUAUGAAGGUAGCUGGCACAGAGCCAAAGUAACUGGCUUUAGAUCAAAUAAUCUCAUUGAGAUUGAAUACAUUGAUUAUGGUACUCCGGCAACUGUAAAACGAUCUGAUUUACGAUAUUUACAAAAUGAAUUUGCAAAACUACCAGCACAAGCAAUUUGUGCUAAACUUAUUGGAAUCCAGCCAGUAGAUGGAAAGAAGUGGCCGAAAGAAGUAUGUGUUGAAUUCUUACAUCUUGUAUCGGAUAGAAGGCUGUUUGCUGAAGUAUUCACUGUAAGCCACAUUGUUUCAAAGGGUCGAAUACAACUGGAAAUGAUCCUCCAUGACACAGAAAGAACAAAUGAGUUUAACUUCAAUGACUAUUUUGUUCUUGUCAAGAAAUCAGCCAUGUAUAUCUAUAAUGACAAGGGACAGAAUCACUCUGAAGAAAAACUACAUAAGGAGAAAGAAGACUUGCCUCAAGUAGUUUCCCAGAGUAUGCCAAAACCGGAUCAAGUGAAUACAGUUAAAAGAAGACCACCACCUGGGUUUGAGUCAUUUGUACCAAGUGAGAAUACUGACUACGCUGGAACUUCAAGUCAAUGUAGUUAUCCAACAAACAUCCCUAGUUACACUACCAAUCCUUUCUCCAGCUACAACAUUCAGCCUACUCACAACAUCUCUAAUCACACUAACAAUCCUUUCUCUGGUUACGACACUCAGCCUCCUCACAUGCAAAUCAAUAAUUUUCUUAGUUCUUAUUAUGUAACACCCCAGAUGUUUGGAGGACAAAAUAUUCCUUAUAUCAAUCAAAAUUCUUUAUAUAAUAUGCUUAAUCCUGCUUUACCUUCCAUUCCUCCCUCUCCAAUUUCCCCUUACUCCUCCUUAAUGUUUCCCUAUCAAGCAAAUAUUUCUCAUCAAAAUGUUAACAUUUCCUCCAAAGAACCAAAUGUUAUUUCUCAACCCCUUGUUAACCCAAUAUUGGAAGGAAGUUACAACAGAUUGAAUAGUGGAAAUAAAAUUCAGUCUGAUUAUUGUGAAAAAUCUCAUUUACCAGUGAAUUUUCCAGGGUCAAAUAAUGGUUUACCCUUGCCACAGGCUCUCUCUCAACAAGAGAUGAGCAAUACAUUUUUCCAACCCCACUCCCAACAAAGGUAUAACAGUGGCUUGCCCUUGUCACGGACCCUCCCACAACAAGGAUUACGCAGUGGUUUGCCUUUACUACCCCAACAAGGAUUCACUACUGACCUUGGCCUACCCUUGUCACAACCUCUUACCACCCAACACAAUGUCAACAACUUGUGCCCACCAGUUGCCCACAGCUCACUGUCCAAACAGAAUGCCAUCACUGUCAGUGCUCAUAAGAAUAGGCCUCAGUCAUCGCCAGUUAUUCUACCAAUUCAAGAAGAAAUCCAUGCCAAAAGACCCCUUACAUCUCAAACUUCAUUAUCAGCAGAAAUUUUAAAUUUUUCCAUAGAUGAUGAUUCUGAAAAGUGUGAUAAUAAAAAUCAAGGAAAUGAAUUGAAAGAAAUAAGUGUUAAAUUACCUUCAUUGGUUGAUAUUGAAAAUUCAUGGAAUGAUAUACAAGGUGUGAACUCUGGAAGAAGUCAUGUACAAGAAAUAAAGGAAAGUUGUGUAAAUAGUGUAACUCAAAAUAAAAAGUCGUCAAAGCCAAAUCAAUUUCAUAAAUCAGUAAAUCUUGAAGUUUCCAAUGACUUAAAACAAAAAGAUGUUUUAAAGCAUAGUGCAGAUACCAGCAGUAAAGUAAAAGAUUGUAAAGUAAAAAAUUCAGAACCUUUGAAUUUACUUAGUGAAAAGGCACAUGUAGACAUUGACAACGAAAAUAUACCAGAUAGCUGGGAAGAUAUUUUGUCAGAUGACAUCCCAGCCAAAGCUGAUAAUUUCAUUAAUGAUUUUAAAAAGCCACUGGACUUAACAGCCAAUGAAAAAAGGAAGAUACAACUUAAAUCAACCAUUCAACAUGACAAUUCAAUGUUUAAUAAUAUUGUUGAAAACAGUUUAUUAUUAACAAAUCCAAAUAUGACCCCCAUUAACUGGAAGGAUGUGUUUGAUCCGGAUAGUAUCAGUAUAACAAGGUGCAAUAGAAAUAUUAAAAAUGAAAUAUGUUCAAGAAUAGAUAAAGAAAGUAUAAAGAAAAAUCUUGUUCAGAAAAUAGAUAUAGACAACAAGUUCUUCCAUUUGAUACUUGUAAAAAAUAAGCUGGCAAUUAUUUGUAAAGAGUUUUUUCACCAGUAUACAAAUGUAUAUUUUCACGUCAUACACAAAUUAAUGGAAUUAAAGGAAAAACCCUUUCCGUUUGUUAAAAAGACUGAAGAACCAGAGUUAUUUUCUAAGCUUGCACAAGUUGAUUUUUGUGGAGGUAUGGACAAAGUUGACAUAUUCAAAUUGAAUAAAAUCAGUAUUGCAUAUUUAUCAGAUGUACCUGAAGUUUUGAGAAUUCUAAAAAUUAAUAAUGAAGUAUUACAAGAGGAAUUAAAGAAAAUAUCCAAACACUUUGAUUGUUAAAUUGUGAUUACUACUUAUUAUUAGACAUGCAAGAAAAAAUGGCGAGGAAUGAACAAUGUAAGAUAGUGGGUCUUUCCAUAGAGUUAGAAACAUACCCCUUGUUCUUGUAAAUAUUAUUUGUUAUUAUCCUGUAGAUUUUUCAGCUAUAUUCAAUAUUUUAUUACUAAAAUAGUUGUAAUAAUGUAGAUUUCAAUUUGGUCAUACCACAAAUUCUAAAUGUAUUGUAUUUUUAUUGCAGCAUUUUUUUGUGAUAUUGUAUUGUUUGUCAUUUUGUUUAUCAUGUUACAAUUUAUUGUAUUAAUUUUCAUUACAGCUAUGUAAUGAUAACAAAUCA